UUUAGUCGUUGUAAAUAAACAUUGCGUUAAGUGGCAAUGAAUAAAAAUUUAUUGCAAUUUAUAGUAAAUAGAAAAGCGACACGUCCUUCACAGUUAACAUUGUUGUGCAAUAUUAUUGCCGGCUAAUUUGCAUUUUGAAUUGAUUAUUAUUUUAACAUGUGUCAUUUAAUAAUAAAAACAAAUAAUAUUGAAGUGUAUGUCUAUGAUAUUUAAAGUGAAUUAAAAGAACUAAAACUCGUUAAUUACAAUUAAAAAAAGAAGAAAAACAUAUAUAAUUUCAGCGACUCCAACGUUAUUAAAAAUAGAUUUGCGAAACAUUUAUGUUUUUGCUUGGAAAACGAGUAGUUAUCUACAGCUAAACACCUGUGUAUACAUAUCUGUGAGUUCUUGACUCCACGAAGGCACACUAGCAGCCAUGACGAAUGCCCUUAGUCGUUUUCUGACGCCUGUCGACUGCACCUGCAAAGAUUUCAAUCAUCCAUGGACGGACAGCUGUGUAAAUGCCUCUGUGGGCAUUUUACUGGGCGCAAUCCCAUACAGCUUGCGUAUCUACACAAUGGUCUAUGCGUUAUCGCUUAUAAUGCGCCAUCGCAUACCACAUAUUGCCGACCUCAAACGCACCCUACAAGGCAUAUUGCAAUCGUCCGCCUUCCUCGUCUCCAACAGCUAUUCAUUCAUUAUGUUUAACUGCCUGUUGCGUAGACUAAUCGGCCGCUAUUAUUGCGCCACUGUUGCUUUCGUACCCUGUUUUAUCUCCAGUUUUGCAUCGAUACUGGUCGAACGACCCGCACGUCGUCCCCUGCUAACACUAUACGUAGCGAAUUUGGCUACGGAGACACUCUGGCAUUUGGCCGAGGCCCGCGGUUAUGUGCGUUCAAUAGCACAAGGGCAAGCUUUAAUCUUCGGCAUUAGCAUAUCAGCACUAUUGUAUCUCUAUCGUUUAGGUCUACAUAAGACGACGUGUAAGGAUUCAUUAUUCAAUAUAUUACGUUUCUUUGUCGGUAAAACGGAAGAAGGACCUAUCGUGCCGAAAGAGCCAGUAGCGCCUACGCCGCCACGAUCGCGUGCGCCACUCGAUUUCCGUAGCAUAAAUGUAUUGGUCCAGCUUUAUACGCGCUUCUUGGAUGCGGCGAAGAGUCGACAUCACACGUGUCCACAUCGUGAUCAUUGUUGGCGUUAUGCCUUGGUGGGUGGUAUCAAGCCUUUCGUCGGCGGUGUGGGUCUGCAAGUGGCACUGCGUUUAGUUAUGAAUUUAAAGAAAAUUGUACAAAUGAAAUUCGAUGUGCGGAAGUCUAUAUUUAAUAAGCAGACGCUGAAUUUGGGCAUAUUUCUGGGUUGCUUCUCAUUCAUAUAUAAGGGUGUUUCGUGUGGUAUGCGGCAUAGCUUUGGUCGCGAUGAUCCACUCUACGCCAUACCAGCGGGUCUGUUAGCCAGCGUGUCCUUCACUAAAUAUCCCGAUGUAACAGUGGCAUUAUAUGUGAUGUGGAAAGCGUUGCAAAUAAGCUACAACUUGGGCAUUAAAGAAGGCGUGCUACCGCACAUAUCCGGCUUUACGCUCUUCUUGUAUUCCUUCUGUACGGCUGUACUCUUUCAUGCAGGCAUUCUCGAGCCGAAGACCAUACGGCCGAGCUACUAUAAAUUUCUAUAUGCAAUAUCCGGAGAAAGAAUUAACCGCUUCAAUUUGGAACCCUUCAAUAUCUAUGGUCAAAAUGCCAGCGAACAGAUGCAGGAGGUUUCUCGACAGCUAAAUCUUGUUAAUAAAUCACCGUUGCCCAAGUUCUCACUUGCCACAUGGAAAUAAUAAUAAUAAUAAUCAUUUAUAAGUACAUAUAUAUAUAAAUAAAUAGCGAAAUGUUAAUUUUAAAUAUAUGUAUAUGUUAAGAGAAUAGCAGACUUAUAGUGGCGAAGCAGAGCGCAGAAGCAGUUCACAAAGUCUACGACAAGUUAAAAUAAUGCUUUGAACAUAAAUGCGAAAUAUAUGAAAGGAAAAAUGAAAAAAGUACAAUUAAAGUACAGUUACAGCCAACGAAAGUUUAAAUGAAAUUAUGAAAAUGAACGAAAUUGUAAAAAGUGUAAAGCUAUUAGCUAGUUAAGCCAAGCGCAGGUGAGCAAAUAAAAUAUAGAAUCCUAAAAUUUAUUAAAAAUUAAAAAAAUAUAUAUAUAUGUAUAAGAUUUAAAAUAAUUUUUGUAUAAUAGAUGCAUAUGUGUAGACUUAAGAAUGUUUUGAUUUGGUGUGUGAUUAUUUUUUGUUGUUAUCUUUAAUAUAAUUUUUCAAUUGUUCGUGUGUCUAUGCAAACAUUUAUAAAGUAACUGAUUUAAGCUGUGUAUAAUUUGUUUAUUUUUUAUUUAAGUUUUUCUUGCAUAUUCAAGAGCUUGGCUAAAAUUUGGCAUAAAUAACAAAAAAAAAUAUGCGCGUAAUAUUAAGCCGGUGUUUUGAAGAAAUACAUUUUUUAUGUUUAUAUAAUAAAUAUUUUUUUUUUAAUUAAUUCAAAUUAAAAUGUGAAAAAAUAGAUUUUUAUGUUUAUAUUUUUUUUUUU